AUGGUAACUGAAGGAUGACUGCAGAGCUACCUUAGCAUUAUAGCCAUCUAAUGGUUUAAUUUGAAGUUGAGAGAAAACUGUUGCUAUUAAAAAUUUCCUCCACUAGACAGCACAAGAUGUCAGAGGAAACAUCAACAGGAGCUGGUGAAGAGACAAUUACAGUGAGAAGAACAGAAUCUGCAGAUUGUCGGGAGAUUAACAAUCUUACUACUUCUCUAACAACUACUAUUUUUGGAAACGUGAAUGUAAUAUAUCUACUAGAGAAGGCAAACUUGGCAGUGACAGUAACCACAGCCAAGAAUGAAGUUCUUGCUCAUGCUGCUUUUCUGGACUACCCCAUGGGAGACGAGGAUCCGGCCAAGUGGGAAUUCUUUUUGCCAAAACAUUACCAAGUAGAAAAGUGCACACCAAUGAACACUCUGUUCUUGCACCUCUUCGUUGCACAACCCAGCUUCACCUCUGAGGGCACUAAAGAGCUUUUCAGGGCGGUCUUUAAUGCCAUCACAGAGCUGCAUUACAUCCUUCUGGUUGUGGAAAUCAACGUCAGUCUCGAUGACUUACAGCCGGAGUUGAAGGAAAUCUUUGAGCCAGUGAAGCCGGUGAAGCCUGUGAAGAAAUCAGACAGUUCAUUCUCUGCAUUUGUCUGCCACAGACACCAGUAUUGCCCUCAGCUUUAUGUCCGCAGAGCAAGGGUGGAGGACCACGAUGACCUCCUACAGAUCUUCACGGAGCAGACGAAGGCUCUCUCCAGCACCUAUGGCAGCUAUUUCCUGGCCGAGCUCAUUGAGGCUCAGGAUGAGCAGAACCAUGCUGCUGUGUGUGAGAGUGAUGGUGCUGCAGUUGGAUUCAUCAGCAUGAGUGGGGACAUAAAUUUGACCAUGCUCAACGAAUGCUUUGAACUUGGACCCUACAAUGGGCUGCGGAAGACAAAGGCAGAGACCCCCACCUCAGAAGCCCCUGCAUCGCCUGACCCCCCAUUGUCCAGCUCCGAGACGGACGUCACUGAGGCACAAAAGCCAAACGAGGGGACAGACGCUGUCAAGUCCAAGUCCAUGUUGGAUCCCCCAAACGCGUUCCGCAUCCAGCUCUUUGUCAUCGACAAAAGAUUUGAGAUGAGGUCUGUUGACUUUCUUCCCUACGUCUUCAAGCAGUUCCCUGACAGGGAUUUCUGCAUCAUCUCGGUGCCCAAGAUGGCCCAGGAGUUCCCCCUGGUGCAGCACUUCCAGCGGGUGGUGCCCCACCAGAACAGCAGCCUUCCCCAGGAGCUGUACAUCUUCCACCGCGCAGGCCUGCUCAAGACAUUUGUUGUGAGAGUGGCUGUGUCUGCUGACAGGCCUGGUGUGCAGAGUCUGGUGGAGCAGCUCGGUCUUCAUGAGUCUCUGCUGGAGGACCUGGACUUCUUCCUCAAGAAGCGACGAGACCUGGAUGGAACCCCAAUGAUUGCAGUUGUAGCAGAGGUUCAGAAGCAGAUUGCCGGAGUGAUGAUUAUCAGAGAUGAGCGGGACAUCGAGUACAUCCGAGCCAAUUACAACAUCGAGAACUUCAUCUACUUCAGCUACCACCAGGGCGAGGAGCAGGGUCAGCUGUGUCACCUGGUCCUCAACCCCACCUUCCAGCACUACACCAAGCACUUCCUCAAGGAGGCGCUGCGCCUGGCCCACAAGACCUGCCUCUACUUUCCCAUGUACCCCCCACUCACUGAGAACAAGAAUUCCUGUGCCCACUCCCUCACGGCGGCUCUCAACCACAUGGUGCCCGUGCGCCCGCGCCGGCAGAUCGUCUUCUCUCUGGAGGAGCUUGGCAUGAACGCGCCAUCACAGCAGAUCACCAAGGAGCAGGCACCAUAUGCACUCAACCACUUCAAUCGAAAGCUGACAAUGGAGCCGAAAGUCACCAUCAACGCCCAGAUAGUGGUCGUGGGAGCCUCGGACACUGGCCUGUCUUUCCUGGAGGCGUUUGUGUUUUGCCCCCAUCUCAGGUUCAACAACAUCACUUUGAUCUCCACUCACGGCAUCCCAACCAGCCAGAGCAAAGAGGCGUCCAGGUUCCUGGCUACCAGCCAUGGCUACUCUCCCAUGAUCCAUGCCCAGCUGUCUCUGCACUCCUGGGUAAACGUGGUGACGGGAAAGAUGGUUGGCAUCGACCGGGUGUCCAAGCACGUGCUGGUGACGGGGGACAGGAAAGUGCCGUACGACCACCUCAUCCUCUGCACUGGAGAGCAGUACCAGGUCCCCUGUCCCACUGGAGUGGACAUCAGCAGCAGCGUGGCCCCGCGCAGUGAGACGCCUCCCCAGCCCAGCGAGAGGUACACAGGGCCCCUGCCCUCCAACCUCUUCACCCUCAACGACGAGCUGGACUGCCAGAACGCCUACUCCUGGCUGUUCGAGAACUUUCUAAGACAGACAGGUGAAGCUGUGGUGUACGGCAACAGCAUCGAUGCCUACAGCUGUGUGGAGGCCCUCCUGUCCGUAGGCGUGAAGGGAAAGAGAAUCCACCUGGUCCACCUGCCACCCAGCGACGGCGGCAGCCAGCAGACCUGUUUCCCAGACCCCAUGGUGACAAAGGCAGUGGCGAAGGCCUUGCACAAGAAGGGCGUCAACGUGCACACCAACUGCUUAUUGGCUCAGUGGAAUGACGGACAGCACCCCGACCCAAUCACAUCGGCGUCCUUCACCACUGAUGGAUCUCCUCUCCGGCUGGAGUGCUCUGUUUUCCUGAACGUCUCUGGUAAAAGCGUGGACUACGACGCCUUCAAGACCAUCAACGACGCCUGCCUGGUGUACGACGGGCGGCUGGUGAUUGACACCACCUUCCACACCAACGACUGCAGCGUCAGAGCCGCCGGGCCCCUCACCAAGUUCGGCCGACGUUACCAUGCCGACCAGUGGACGCACACGCUCUUCAACUCCCGGGAGGUGGGUCGCGAGCUGGCCGCGGUGCUGCUGCCCUUCUUUGACCCAACCCUGGAGCUCAUCGUGGACGCUCAGCCGGACCUGGACCGCCUGAUACCGCUCUACAGCCAGGCCAAGGUGCAAGGUGCGAGAUUGCCAGGAGGAUUCAGUUACCUGCAUGUGGCAAAACCAGCUGUUAGUUGCACACUUUCAAAAGAAUCGGAUGCCAGGGACAUUGUCACUGGCCGCACAGAGACGGGCAACUACUUCCGACUCCAUCUGAACCGGCACGGCGUCGUGGACGGCUUCACCUGCAUGUGCAUCAAGGCUCUGCCCGUCUCCAACCUGCUGUGUCUCUACGGCAAGCACCAGGAGCUGCUCAACCACCUGUGCUCGCGCUACGACGAAGGCCUGGUGCCUGAUCUCUACAGCUAUUUCCGGGAGAGAUGGUGUCUGGCCAUUUAUCAUGACCGCUUCGCUGACUUUGAGGAGGAGAUACAUCAGAUCAUGGAGCUCUCCAAAAUACAGCUUGAGGAAGAGGAAGUACCCAUGCCGGAAGCCAUCCAGAGACUGGUGGAAGGUAAAUUAGUCACGGAGAACCCAGAACUGUUCCUCAAGAACAGUUUUGCCAAAAGCGAAGGAUUAGCCUCCUUGAAGAAGAGCACCCUCAAUUACCUUAAGUACAACAGAUACCAUCUGACCAUGUAUGCACAGCCUGGAUUACUCUGAGGGCAUCACAUUUCACAGUUGCCUGCCAUGGGUUCGCUCACUCUCUCUUCUGAAAACUCCUGGUUUUGUGUAUCUGAUUUCUUUUAGUUCUGCUUUUUUUUCCCUGGGCAUUUUCUUUUUUUCCAUUUAGUGGUGUUGCUGUUUAUUUUUUGUCUUUUACUUUUUAAGUAAAAUACGUUUUAAAAAAUAAAAAGUAAUUAUUGUCUGAC